UUUGUCUGCGAGUGCUCGUCGAGCUAAGGAGGAAGGUGCGACUGCAUUUCACAAGUAAACCGUGCACGCGAUUAGUAUCAUUAAUACCUCUCUCCGUCCUUGCACUACCGGCGCGACGCUGCACGUGUAGCAGCCUGGCGCCACUCUGCACUGCUGCACCUCGGCGACAUCUGUGCUACGCCGAGCGGCGCGCAACAGCAUAAGAACGAGCGCACAUACGCCGAGCGCCGCGCAACAGAAUACGAAACGAGCGCACACUAACAAAAUGGUCAACCGCGCCAAGCAGCAGCAGCGCGAGGCGGCGCGCGCGCCGCCCCGCGACGACGCCGUCGCCGACCGCUACCUGCUCCGCUUCGUGCUCGAGGCGCACACGGACCGCUUCCGCUACCUCGAGCUCGACGCGCUGCUCCGGAGCGCGGGCCUCGACCCGGCGUCGUGCUACGACCGACCGAGCGCGGCGGCGGCGGCGGGCGAGGAGCCCUACGUCGUGCUGCGCGCGCCGUCGCCCCGGCUGCUGCGGGACGUCGUGACGCGCGCCAUCCUCGUCCGGGACGCGCUCGAGAUCUGGGGCGUCGGGGCGGACCACGGCGCCUGCGCGGCGCAGGCGGCGGCGUUGGAAGGCACCGACGUUUUUUUCGGCGAGGAGACGACGUGGUGCCUGGGCGUCGAGGCGUACGGCGUCGGCCUGGAUUUGGGCGCGCAGGAGGCCGUGCGGAACCAAUACCGGGGCGCGUUCCGGUGCCGCGGGCGCGUGCGCCUCAAGGGCGCGGACGUCCGCUACCGCGUCGUGGAGGUUUACGACGAAGCGCGGCCGGCGAGGGGCGCCGCGCCCGCGAGGUGCUACGCCGGCCGCGUCGUGGCCGCGUCCCGGGCGCGCGAGCUCGUGUCCAAGUUGGACCUCAAGCAGCGCCUGUACCUGGGCCCGACGGCGUUGGACGCGGAGCUCGCGCUGAUCAUGGCGAACGCGGCCGGUGUGCGCGAGGGCUGCUCUACUCUGGACCCCUUCGCGGGCACGGGCUCCAUCCUCGUCGCGUGCGCGGCGCUGGGCGGGAGGUGCCUGGGAAGCGACAUCGACUGGAAGGUCCUGCGGGGCAAGCACGUGUCCGAGCGCGACAGCGGGGAACGGCGGCGGGGCGCGCUCCCGCGGAAGCAGCCCUCGGCGGCGCUGCAGCCGCUGCACGCCGACGACAGGGAGCGGCGGACCAUCUUCGCGAACUUCCGGCAGUACGGCCUGCCGCUGCCGGAAAUCCUCCGGAUGGACAGCUCGCGCUUCUUCGACUCGUUCCGGGGGCCGAGCAUCGAGGGGGCGUUCGACUGCGUGGUCAGCGACCCGCCGUACGGCGUGCGCGCGGGCGCGCGGUGCGCGGGCAAGGACGGGGCCGUCAAGCCGGUGCCGGACGAAUUGCGGAGGGAGCACGUGCCGGCGACGAAACCCUACGCGACGGCCGACGUGCUCUGCGACCUGCUCGAGAUCGCGGCGCGGUGUCUGAAACGGGGGGGGCGCCUCGCGUACCUCCUGCCGGCGACGAACGACCUGACGCCCGAGGACGUGCCGCGGCACCCGGCGCUGACGCUCGUGGCCUGCGAGCCCCAGCAGCUGUCGACGAAGUACGCGCGCUGGCUCGUCGUCAUGGUGAAAGGGAGGGACUGGUCCGCGCGCGACUGGACGCCCGCGGUCCGCGCCGGCGUCCGGCGCGGCGCCGACGCGCCCUUCGCCGCGCUGAAGGAGAAGCUCGCGCUGCCGGCGCCGCCGCCCGCGCCGAAACGUUGA